CAGACAUCCCUCGCCCUACUUAAAUUUCUUCAGGCCUCCUGAGUAACCCUGUAUGCCCUUCAAGGUGCCCAUCUCCUCUCCUUUGCCACAUAUGUAGGUUUGGUGUGAAUCGAGUAUCCCGGGUUAAGUGGAGAUGAGGAAGAUACCAAGUCUAGUUCUUUUGUUUGUUUCCUUUAUUCUCUCAUUUCCCCAACUCACCAUGAAAGUCUCCCUCGCCCUCCUCGCCACUGCGGCCCUGACAGCCAUGGGGGCGCUUGCCCUCCCGCACGGCAACACCGAGAUGGCCAACAUGAACAUGAGCACGAUGGAGGACAGCCCCGACAGCGCCACGCAGACUUCGCCGCAGGACUCCUCGUCGUCACCGUCCUCCAAGCCCAGCAGCAGCAGCAGCACUCCCCAGCCGAGUAAGAAGGCCGGUACCCCGGAUGAAAACGACGAGGAUUUUCUCACGGGUCUUUUGGGCAAUCUCGGUCUGGGUGGUCUGGGUCUGUUUUAGCUCGGUUAGAGCUUGUGAAGUUCGGGGUGAGAAUGGGUUUACAGUCAUUGGAUUGUGGGGUGGUCAAUGGAGGGGAGAUGGGCCUCGGAGAGAUGGAGAAAGGAAGCGCAUUAGCGGCAAUGGAAAGGGAAGAAGGGGAUGGAGAUGGGGGCUGGUUUCAUUUUCCGUGGGAAAUCUUCAGUAUCUAAUUCCAAACAUUAUAUCCG